AUGGCAUCUCGUUGUAAAAGAAUGGUUGCUAUAUAUGCUGCAGAUAAUAUGGAAAUACAAUACGAAAUUGAUCCUAUCCAUUCUGCCGAAGAUGAUGAAACAAUAAUUACAACCUUUAGCGAUGACAGUGUUGCGAAUCUAGAUUUUGUUAUGGAGGUAGAGAAAACUCGCAUCUCUAUCGACGAAUCAUUCGAAAGCUUUAACUCGGAUCUCUUAGAAGAAGGGCAGACGGAGGAGUCACAAUCUGCUGCACCUGAAUUUCAUGUGGAUUUUUUGCAAAAGAAGUUUAAAAGAACUAUGCAGGAGCCUGAAGCCAUACCAGUUAGGGGAAUACCAAAACAAAAGAAAGAUGCGAUCAUCGCGGUGUUAGGACAAUUAAUGUCUAAAAAUCGGCUGGAAUUUUGGAAUAGCAUUAAAGAAAAUGACUCGGCUCAGGAUUUGGUAGACAGUCAAGGAACGGAAAAUAUUGAUUAA